GAGAAAAGUGUGUGAAGAGUGAAAUACACUUAGAAUAGAAGUGUAUUGGUGAGGAUUGGUUUUUUGUAAUAGUUGAGUGUGAGAGUUUGCUCCUCCUAUUGUAAUUCUGUUCUUGAUAUUGAAUAGAAGAAUUUUCCAAUCCCAACAAGUGGUAUCAGAGCGAGGUUGAGUUUUCAUACACUGUUUUCUCAUUUUCAGAUAAAUUUCUACAGGUUAGAAAAUCGUGAUUUUUCAAGUUGCUCGGAAUCACGAUCUGAUCAUACCGUUAGAUUCGUCCCGUCGAGACGAGAAAUCUGGUAUUUUUAGGGAAUUUUUUGGCCACCAGAAGAGGCCGUACGCGCCGCCCAAACGCGCUGGAAAACUGCCUGCGUCAUCAUUGCGUCAUCACGCAGUCCAGAGGAAGAAGACGAGCCACGUCAUCCGCCACGUCAGCCGUGCAAGCCAUCCUCUGGGUGCCACGUCAGCGCCACGUCAGUGACACGUGGCGCCACGUCAGCGCCAGCUGUUGCCACGUCAUCCGCCUGCUGGUCUGCUCACUGGGCUGCUGCCUGAACCGGACCGAACCGGUUCGUACUUGUGGAGGCCGGUUCACCCAUUUUCAGACCGGUUUUGGACGAGGUCAGACCGGUUCCUACCAUUUUCGGCCAUUCCGGAUCCAACGGUGAGCUCCGUUUGUCCAAAUUCGGCUCCGAAAAUAAGGUACGAGAUAUUUUGAGCGUUUUAUUCUGGAUAAAUCAUCAUCGGACAUCAUGAUUGCGCUCACUUCCAGAAAUUACAAUAUGUGGAAGCCUUGGAUGGAGGAUUUGUUAAAUUUGAGGGAUUUAGCUGAUCCUCUUGAUAAUAAUGGCGUGAAACCGGAUAAAAAGACGGAUGAAAAAUGGACAAAAAUGAAUAGAAAAACUGUCGCACAAAUUCGGCAGUGGAUCGAUCAUAGUGUGUUCCACCAUGUUGCGCAAGAACAAAGUGCUUACUCACUAUGGGAGAAGCUUGGUAGCAUGUAUCAAGCAAAAACCGCCCGAAAUAAGACGUUACUAAUGAGGAGAUUAGUAAACCACAAGUUACGAGGAGGUAUUUCGGUGUCAGAACACACCAGUCAAUUCCAGGAUCUUGUGAAUCAGUUGAGCACCACAGGAUGGGUUCUCAAAGAUGAAGAGCAGGCGAUACUACUCUUGAGCUCUCUACCUGACAGCUAGGGCUGAGCAAAACCCGAUCCGACCCGAAAAACCCGAUAUUUUUUUCGGAUAUUAUCCGAACCGAAGUGGAUAUCCGACCCGAAAAACCCGAAACCGAAAAUCCGAUUAAUAUUGGGCCUAGAUCGGGUGGCGGGUAGGGUUUGUAAAAUCCCAACCCGACCCGCCCGAAUAUCCGAAAUAUAUGUUAGUGUGUACUUUGAAUAUGGUAAAUUAAUACUUGCAUCCAAUUAUUUGUGUAAUUAAUCUAAUUAUAUUGUGCAAUUUGUAUUAAAUUAUUUGUGUAAAUUGAAGGUGUAGUGCACUAGUGUGUAUAAUUUUUGUCAAAGUUGCAUUCCCAACACUUUAGUUAUCCAAUUAUAAUGUGUUUUAAUAUAACCGAAAUAUCCGAAG